CACCCCAGGCGCUUUUUGCAUGCAUGGCCCACUUGCCAUCCCCUCUUUCUCAUCUCUCCUCUCCUUUCUCUCUUUUCUGUCUCCUCUCUCCUCUCCUAUUCCUUCCACCACGGCACCACCUACCACACACAGCCGGAGCAGGGCUCGAGCGGCUGGAGCGGAGCAUGGCCGGGGCGGGGCUCGCGCUCGCGCGGCCGGAGCGGAGCAUGGACGGGGAGGGGUUCGUCUUCUUCGUCCUUGCAGUGGCCGUCUCCGCCCGCGCACUCCACGGCGCCCUCGGCGUACAGGGAGCAGCUGGAGGCGUGCCAGAUGGAGGCACUCCACGGCGCCCUCGCCAACAUCGCCCGCUCCCUCGCCGCCAACGACAAGGCCGAGGCCGACGACCACGCCCAGCCCCCGCCGUCCUUCCCCGUCCGCCACCAGUACCUCGGCCUCUGCCCGCGCCCCGCGCUCGAGACCGUCUGGCUCUCCGCUCCCUCGUGCGCCGCGUGUAUGACUGCGUGGACACGAGCGACCCGCGGCCCGUCGCGCCGUUCGGCCACGACGACCCCUCGGCGUUCGCGUGCUUUGCCAGCGAGCAAACGAGGCGAUGCUAGGGGCCGCGGAGCUGCUGCGGGGUGCAGGUUUGAACAAAGGAGCUGCUGCAGGAUGCAGCCUUGUUCGCAUGUGUGUAGGCCGAGCUGCUGCUCGUGGCCAUGGCGAACAUGGUGGCCGGAGCUCCUGCCUGCGGGGGAUGGCGUCUACAAUGCAUGGAACGGAGCAGAGAGAGAGGGUUGCGAGGAGCUACUGCUCACCAGGGGUGUCAGGCAAGCACAACCACUACUCCCCUGCCGUCGGCGUGGCCGACGCGCGCAGUCGGUCAAAGUUUCAGAACGAGCUUGCCGCAGGCGACGUCAUCCUCACGGCCGACUGCAACCACGCCAUCGAGAUCAUGAUGGCCGUGCUGGCCUCGCCUGGCGCCAACGUGCUGCUGCCGCGGCCGGGGUACCCAACGUACGAGGCGCGCGCGGCCUUGUGCGGCCUCGAGUUCCGUCACUUCAAUCUUAUGCCGGAGAAGGGGACGACGUGGGCGCGGCCCCGUCCCCUUCCCUUCCCGCCAUGUCUCGCGCGCUCGCCGCCGCGGUCAUGGUCAAGGCACGCGCGCUUGGGCGGUUCGCGUUGUGGUGAUGGCGGGGGUACGUGCCUGGGGGUCAACGACUGGAUAUAUUUCCACCCCCACGCUAAAUAUUUCGUCGACAGCCCUCAAGAGGCGAAAAAAAAGCCUCCUGAGAAGCUCAACGGCUGGAGAUGCUCUUAGACAUUUCCCCGUCAAUCGCCAACGAAUUGUACGUCGCCACUAGGAAUCGAACAAGCUUCGACUUCUCAGCACGCAUACAACACUAAUCUACCAUGCCAAUAAAAAUUAUCCUUGCUCUGCUCUUGAUAGUCUGCUCGUCAUAACCCGAGACUCUGUUCCCGUGUGCCUGAAGACGUAUUCACUAUCAUCUGCCUUCACUGCGCAUUUUGCGCCACUCUUCUCCAUUUCGGCAACAGCAAACAAGAAACGAAAAAUACAACAAAGCUCAGAUGACAGUGGGUUAUGCUGAUGAUGAGUGUUUUUCUUGUUAAAGACACGAUAUAGGU